GACGAAAAUCAACUGCGCUCCAGCCUUGAUGAUAAAUAUUGAAGCGAGAAAAUGGCGACAACGCUAUACAAUUUAAUUUUGCUCGACAUUGUAUUAUCCUAGUACCGUUGUACAAUAAAUUUAUUGUGUACAAUAGAAUUUAGAUUGAUUUUUCUUUUCUGAGAUGACAAUAAAUAUGUCCUCAUUGGAAGAAGUGACUAAUCAGCUAAUGAAACCUGUCAAAGAACUUGCAGACUGGGAAUACCCUUUGUCUGAGACAUUAGGAAAGUAUUUUGCCCUAUUGGAAAAUCCUGGAGAAAUUAAUUAUGGAGAAGCUGCUUUUGUUGUGCAAAAUUCGACUGAAGUUUUCACAAAAAGAGUGGAUUCUUUGAGCAAAGAAGUUUGCGUACUUAGUGAAAAUUUUAUUCAACACGAAGCCGAGGAAGAAAAGUCCAAAUUGAAAAAUAAAGAGAGAAGAUCAAGAAAGACGGCAAUUAAUUUUGACAAUUUUGAAAUGAUUGAUUUUCGUAAAGAAAUAGGCAAAAAUAUAAAUCUCAAACCUUCGUCACAGAAACAUGUAAAACUGUUGAAUCGUCGAUUUCCACAAUUGGAAAUUGCAACAACACAUUUGCAAAAUCCAAUUGAUAUUUUUGACGUUCAUGGAGAAAUUAUAGGAAAAAAAUAUGAUUUUCGUUGUAAUCAACAAUUAACGUCAAAUGGAAUGCUUGUCGAUGAAUGCAUGCCAAGUGAUUUUGACGAAGUUCAUGCUUCGGAUUCAACUCGUAAUUCUCCGAUACUUCGACUUGAAAUAUCAGAUUUAAGUUCGCCUGAUAUUACAACACAAGAAGAAAAUGAAACAAUGCAAGAAGACACUGGUUAUUUUUCAUCAAUGGAUAUUACAAGUAAUGAUCAGAGUAAAAUUGAAAAUUCUAUCAUAAGAAAUGAUAUUGAACGAAGCACAACACUGCAAUCAAUUGAAGAAAUACCGGAAACUAUUCAAGUCCACGGAAAUGAAACAACAAUUGAAUCAAGUGUAUCAUGUGAAUUAAUUGGAGAAAUUUCAAAAACUCGUGAAGAGAACCAAAAUGAAGAAACAACAAUUGAAACGAGUGUAUCAUGUGAAUUGAUUGGAGAAAUUUCAAAAACUGUUGAAGAGAACCGAAAUGAAACAACAAUUCAACAGACUGUAACAAGUGAAGAAAUUACCGAAACUCUUCAAGAAAACCAAAAUGAAGAAACGACAAUUGAAGUAACUGAAGAAAUUUCAAAAACUGUUGAAAAGAACCGAAAUGAAACAACAAUUCAACAGACUGUAACAAGUGAAGAAAUUACCGAAACUCUUCAAGAAAACCAAAAUGAAGAAACGACAAUUGAAGUAACUGAAGAAAUUUCAAAAAAUGUUGAAAAUAAUUUCGAAACAAACGAAUUAGAUUGUACAGAAGAUUUAUCUAAUGACGCAUCUCAUUUUGAUGACAAUUUAAUGGAUUGCGAAGACGAUACUGAGGAGUUACAGAAUUCACAAAUUUUGGAAAAUAAUGUAAAUCCUUUAGAAUCUUCAGUAAAUAAUCAAACAGAAACAAUUGAAAUUGUUUCGAAUCGAUUGAAAAAUCAAAAAACUACUUCGAAUUUAAAUAAUCCCUUGGAAGAAAAUACUUUGGAAAAAAUUUCCAAUUCAGGAGAAUUGAAUUCUUCUUCUGCGAAUCAGAAUGAAACAAUUGUCAACGUUAAUUGUCAGUCAGGACCAAGUAAAACUACAGUAACAAGUGAUUCGAUAAUGGAUAAUUCAAAAAAUGUUAAUGAUCCAGAGAAUUCAAAAGAACCAACUGAAGGACAACCAAUUAUCGUUGAUUCACUGCCGACUAAUCAGGAGCAGGAAGAAGAUGAAAGUAUUUCCGAAAGCUGUAAAGAAACCGAUUCUGGUUACAGAUCCGGUGAAUCGGAGGAUUUUGAAAUUCCCCGAAGAAGAAGUGAAAGAACAAAGAAUAUGAUUAGUGUGAUUAACGAAGUGGAUAAAACUGUUUGGAAACCAAUACCAUUUGAUCAAGGCAUUCCAGAGCAACAAAAAAGAUCUAGAAGUAAAUUUAAACUUCCAUGUGACAUCUCCCUUUUAAAAUCGAAGCCUGCUUCGCGUAAAAGAAAACUUUCAACAGAGGGAACAACAAAGAGAAAACGAAGUUUAUUGGGAUUUUUAAUGAAUGAAUCUCCGGAAUCUCCAUUAAAAAAGUUAAAUAUGUAUUCGCCAUCAAGAUCUUUCAUGGCUCUAAAAACAGAGGAAUUGAAUGAUUUUCAAAAAUCAUUUGAAGAUUGUUUCAAGAGUAGACAAUGUUACGAUGUUCUUCAAUACGAGGCGGCAACAACAAUUACAAUGGAUCUUCUUGGCUUUUUUCCAACAUUCACGAAAAAAGAUCCACUUUUAAAUUCAACAGGUUUCAAAACACUUGCCCCAACACCUGAGCAUAUCUCGACAACUGGUAGUGAUGCGGGAUUUUCACCACGUCCACAUUCACCAGAAAUUGUCAUUUUUGAUACAUCAAAUUCAUCACCAAGUUCGCCACAUGUUUCUGAAAGUUAUGUGGCUGAAACUUUUGAGACUGAAAUUUUCGAUAAUGAAAUCGAAGAUGAAGAACAAGAAGAAAGAGGAGAAGAAGAAGAAGAAUCGCCACUUCAUUCGACUUUGAACUAUCAGCAAAUCAUUGAAUCGCGAAUGAAGGAAAUUCAAGAAGAAUUUGAUGUUAGAACGGAUUUAGAGCAAAAUGUUGCUCGAUGGCAUGAAAUGAUUAGGCCAAAACUUGAGGAAGUUGAAAGAAGGCCACCAUUUCAUAUUCAAGAAUACAGUGAUCGUAUUAUAAAUAAAUUGUCAGAAAAUUCUGAACAUAGAAUUAAUUUUGACACAUUGAUUGUUGAUCAAUCACCCGGUGAAGCUGCACGUUAUUUUUCUGCUGUAUUACAAUUGGCAAAUACAUACAAUGUCGAUAUUGAAACAAGUGAGAAUAAAACCGAUAUUCAAUUAACACUUCUCAAUAAUGAUAUAAUACGACAUGAAAUUUCAUGUGAAACACCAAAAAGUUCAAGAUCGAAAAAUAAAAAAAGAAAAACUUCAACGUUAGCAGAAGAAAUAUGCAGUAAAAAAAAACAAAAGUGAUAUCGAUAUCAUGUAAAUACUUUAAAUAUUAAAAGUAAUUAUUAUUUAUCUCGCGAUUUUUUGAAAGUGUCAUGUUUUAUGACAAAAAAAAAUCUAAUAAACUAUAUUGUGAUUCAUGGUGAAUUUUUUAUCACUGUAAAUAAUAUAAAACCGGUUAUUAACAGAAAAUUUAAAAUACAAGUCUUUAGACAGUUCAAAAGUUAAGUACUUUAUAAGUACAUUAAAUUAAAUAUUUUUUUUUUCGUUGCGUUUUUAUAUUUAUUUUUUACUUUUUAUUUUAGAAAGUAGAAUGCACUUUUUUUUCAUUAAUUGUUCAUAUCGUUAUUUUUUUUUUACCAUUUCUUGUGCUAAAACAUUAUUCGAUACGAACAAUAUUUUUAAUAUUCCUACGUUUUGGUUCGCUAUUUAUAUUUAUAAAAAGAAAAUUAAAAAUAUUUAAUAAAAAUUACUUAUAUAACUCGCCAAAGAAUUAAAUAUGAAUAUUAAAAUAAACGCAGGAAUUUGUCACUGUUUUUAAAAUUUAAAUUUCUUUAAUAUCUAAUAGGUAUUUUAAUUAUUUUAAAUAAUUGUUGUAUCGAAUAAUGUUUUUUUUUGUUAGCAAAAGAAGUGAUAAUAAUUCUUUUUCUUCUUUAUUAUUCAUAUAAGUUAUAUUAUAAUCAAAGGUGAAAAAUAAUUAUAUGUCAAUUUUAUGCAUGGUAUAACACAGAGUUAUUUAUAAAUAUUAUAUAUAUUUACGGAAAAAUGUAUUGCACAAGUUAAUUAGUUUUAAAUAACUUAGAUUACUUAUAAAUGUAGAUAAUAAUAUAAUUACCAGAAAAUUCGUGAUAAUUUUUAUUUUCUAUAUAAAAUUGUACUCCAUGUAUUACAUUUGUACAGAAAUAACUUAUAUUUUUGAAUAUCUAUAAAACAUUCAGAAAAGAAAAAAAAAUUGUUUAAAAAUGUUAAGUGUUUACUUGGGAAAAAGAAAAGUUAAAAACAAAACCAAAAAAUUCUUGUACGACGUUAAUCAAAAAUUGGUUUCAUGAAAAAAUUACUAAAUUGCGUUUUUUUUCAAUUAUUUUAGAGUGAUUUGUAUUCUACGUAUUUUAGAAAUGGAAUAAGGUUAAAAAUUAUUUUUUAAUUAUAAUUCCAGUACUUAUGUAAACCAUAAUUUAUUCAUUUUUUUUUGAAAGAAAUGUGAAUUUGAAAAAUAUCCCUUUUAAAAAAAAAGAUGAAUUAAAAACAGUUUCUAAAACAAACAUUAUUUUUCUUCUUACAUCUAUUAAAUAAUUUACAUUAUAAAGUAAAAUUAGUAAACGUAUAAUUUUUUGACUUUGGCUUUCGUUAUUCAUUUUUUUUUAAAAUUAUAAUUAACAAACUAAGAAAAUUAAUUUUUAAUUAAUUGUUAAGUUAAUUUAUUUUUGCAUUUUUAAUUCAAGUUUUAUUUUCAAAUUAAACCUAAAUGUUAAUUUAAUUAUAGAUUUGAAUUUAAAAAAUUACUUUAUUUGUUUAAUUUUUAAUUAAACAAUAAAACUUUUUUGCUGUAAUUUUUUUUUAAAUAUUUAACAAUUUUCUGUAAAUUAAUAGAAUAAUUUAUAGAAAUAAUAACUUAUUGAAAACACAUAUUUU